AUGGCCUGGAGUCCCCGUGGAGGAGUCCAGCUUGGAGGUCUGCUCCUUUCUCUGCUCGGCUGGCUGUGCUCCUGCGUCACCACCAUCCUGCCCCAGUGGAAGACUCUCAGUCUGGAUCUGAAUCAGAUGGAGACUUGGACUGCGGGACUCUGGGAGGCCUGUGUGAACCAGGAGGAGAUUGGCAGUGUGUGCAAAACCUUCGAGUCCUUCCUGUCUCUGCCCCAGGAACUCCAGGUAUCCCGCAUCCUCAUGGUGACCUCCCAUGGGCUGGGACUCUUGGGGCUUCUGCUGGCAGGUUAUGGGGCAGAGUGCUCCCACUUUCACAGGACCAGAGAGCUACUCAAGAGGCGGCUCUGCUUCCUGGGAGGGACUUUGGAGGUUUUAGCUUCAGUCACUACCAUCUUUCCAGUUUCCUGGGUGGCGUAUGCCACAUUCCGUGACUUCUGGGAUGACAACGUCCUCGAAAUUGUACCCCGGUGGGAGUUUGGAGAUGCCCUGUUCCUGGGCUGGGCUGCAGGUCUUUUCCUAGCUCUGGGUGGACUUCUCCUCAUCUUCUCCGUGUGCCUGGGAAAGGAAGACAUGCCCUCGUCCUGGCUGGUUGAUCCCGCUGCCCCACCACCCUGUGCUCCGGUGGAGGAAUUCCCUGGCUCAUUCCACCUCACACCAAGAACUGCAAACCUGCUUAUCUAG